AUGUUUGUUAUUUUUCAGAUUGGCGUUGUUAUCAGUGACACGCAUGUUCUGGUUAUGCAGGAAACACCAGAAGUAAACUGGUUCUCCACCAUAAUGCUGAUGGGUGGUGCUUUAGGUAUUGCUACUAAUGUCUAUAGGUUUGUCCUGCAGCCCCUAGGACGAUGCCUUGGUCGUUUAAGAAAGAAGUCCAACAACUUGGAAAGGGAAGAGAUUUUAAAUGAUGCUUCCGAGAUGAGAAGAAGGUUCGAAGACUUACAAAACCAAGUUUAUAUCUUCACGAACUUAUCAGUUAGACAACAACUGGUUGAAACGAGCCAAAAUUAA